AUGUCCACCAACGGCGAAAGUCCAGCACCAGAGGGCGCUGGCGAUUCGAGAGAUCCAAGUGGGUUUCUGAGCGAGAUCAUCGGUGCUCCUGUCACCGUCAAGCUCAACUCCGGCAUUGUUUACAAGGGUGACUUGCAAUCUGUCGAUGGCUACAUGAACAUUGCUCUUGAACGAUGCAAGGAAGUCGCAGAGGGCCGCGUAAUUCGCAACUGGGGAGAUGCCUUCGUCCGCGGGAACAAUGGUUUGUUUCUCUGA